UACAUCUGGAUAGAGGGACUUGUACUCCUACUCCACAAAGCGUGUCAAAAACAGGGGCUACAACCCAGUGUCAACCCUAUGUCCGAUAAAACCUCGCUCCCCCGAAGCAACCCUAUCACUACCUUUCUGAAACUCGAGGUAGACAGUGAAAUUGAACUCGGAGACUUUACAGAAUUUGAAGGAUCUGGAAUCAUGUCUGGUUCUGGAGCAGAUAACCCGUGUGUGGACAGGUCCUUUGUGGGACAGACGCUGUACCGCUGUCUCGGAGACUUCAUGAAGGAGGCGUAUGUUGCCAAGAUAGAACAGCGCGAGAUGAAAGACCAAAAGAAGUGCACGUUAUUUGAAGAGGGCUUCAGGUGUUUUGAGAAGAAAAUCCAAACGGACUUCGGUGACCAGUGCACUGCGCGUGACCUGUAUAAUACUGCUUCCUGGUUCAAGACAGAGAUCUUCACCGAUUUCGGCGUGGACAUACGGGGAUGCCCUUAUCCAGACAUUCCACCUACCACUAUUUCACCCACACCGCCAGGUCGCGCACCGUUUGUCGAUAUCCGGGAGACAUCACAGGUUGCCAUGGUAGCCGGGAUCGUCCUGGGGGUAGCCGUCAUGUCCAUCCUCACCAUGAUCUUUUUCGUCAUCUUCAAAAGGAGAAUCCUGGGGGCCACCGCUCAGUGUCAGGAAAGCCAGCACGGAAAGAGGAAGCCCUUCACAGCCCCACCGCCAGGCGGCGCUCUGCAACAACCGUGCAAAAUAAACAUCACCGAUACACGUUCUACUCUGACUGGCCUGAGCUCAGAACACAGCCUUCAUCACACAAGUUAUGAGACGACAUCAGUGCCCCGCGCCCCGUCCCAGCACAUUUACACCGAGAUCGACACCAUCAACGAGAUAUCCGGGGGCCCCAGGGACGACAACACGAGGGUGGCUCCGGUGGGCUGUUCCACAUUCAUGACCGGAUACGUGCCUCCCGAAUUCUCCUACUCGGGACAGGGCGGAUACCACAACCCAGUGAAGGACAUGACUGUCGAGUACGUGGCUUCUGGUGGAUACUACACUCACGCGCAUGUCCCAGUCUACCAGUCAACCACGGUUCCCCUGUAAGAAGUUCAUCUUGACAUUGUCAAUCGCAUAUUGUGAUAAACUUUAAUAGUGCCGAAAUCCAAAUGUGUUCGAAUGGUUAUACCAUUACAUACAAACUGAGUAUAUUGAAAAACUGUGUACAAUAAACUUUUUAGCUGACAAACUUACAAGUAUCUGUAAAUAUGUAACAAUUCGAUUCGUAUGUUGUUAUUUUGUUGACUUGCUUAUUUGUUGCUAUUUAUUAUAAACCUAACUGAAUA